CAUCUCCGUGUCCGCUUCCAGUAGGAGCGCUUUGCUUUAAAUUUUUAUUCGACUCUGCGGAAAUGAUCCCCCUAGGUGGCUAUAGUUCUUGCAAGGAGCAUCAGUAUCAAACCUGCAAGUGCAAGGGAUUUAGACAAGGAGGGGGCGGUGAGUGUAGAGAAGAGCGACAGCAAACGAGAGAGAGCGGGGAAGGGAGAUAAAGUUAUUGCAGCGACGUGUCUAAAAGCUCUGCUUAUUAAAAAAAUAAAGCUUCUCAACUCGUGCCUUGACAAAAGGAUUCUAUAGGAACAAAAAAAGAAGAUGGAUAUCAUUAUGGAGAAUACCUCUGAAAUGGAAUGUGUUGACCAGGGCGAGGCGCUUCACUCGGACAGUGCCUAUGGGUCAUCUGCGGUGGACACGGAUACAGAGGACUGCCUGACUCCCCUCGAGAUCACUUUCCCCUAUAACGAGGACCUAAUGCACAAGACCAUCAUGGUGGGAGACAGCGGCGUGGGGAAGACCUCUCUGCUGGUCCAGUAUGACCAAGGCAAGUUCAUACCCGGCUCCUUCUCUGCCACUGUGGGCAUCGGCUUCACGGUGAGUCACUGCGUUAUUGUCUGCCAUGAAACAUAGGGGACAAGUGACCACGAAGGACCACAUCACUUUGUUACUGGGAUUGAUGGGACAACAAAUGUCUUCCCUUCCAGGGUCCCUAAAUGCUGUUGUCUGAGGUGCCAAUCAUCUUCCUCUUUCUGCAAUCAUAAUGAUCUUUAGCACACAGUUGGGUGUUGCUAGAAAGCGGGUGUAUGAUUACAGUUAAUGUUGCACCAGUUGGUCUGUUCCCUGAUGGAUAGCUGUGUUUCACAGAUGUAUCACCCACUGUUGUGAAUGUGAACUGGAGUGAUUGAUUGUCUGCAUAUACAGUCUACAUUAUCACUGUGGUGAUGUAUGGUGAGCUUCCAUUCACA